GAUAUGAUAGACAGAUGGUUCAUCCAAUCAUCUGCCAGUCUUCUGUCCAUUGGACAGUCAGCUCCUGUAAGCAGCUGUGAGAGUCUGAUCAAACCUAUUGAAAUCAACGGAACAGAGAAGCUGCUGGGCAGUUGGACGUUUAUAGGAGAAAGCACAAACAUGCCAGCAUCCAAAUUGCUGACGAAGAUGUUUGUGGAGAGCGCAAGGGUGAAAAUCACUGCUGCUGAGGAUGCCAUCAAUGUUUUUCAGUCUCAAAAAAUGUUUGGCCGCUGCUUCACUUUUUUAACAACUACGAUGAUCCUGGAAAACAGCACACUGUCUAUUGUGCAACCUUUAAAUGGAUCAGAGGUUCUACUGACUACCGGCUGCCCUGACUGCCUUGCUACCUACGGGAAGUACAAUAUUGGAGGACGAACAUACAGCGGCCUCCAACUCCUGAGCAGGAGAAAUAAGGUGACUGCUGCUGAGCUAGAAGAGUUUACCAAGCAGGUAGAAUGUCUGAAUUUACCACCACCUGCUUUCCUGGACCCAGAAAAAGGGUUUUGCCCAGAUGAGUCUCACUCCCAAGAAACAGAGGUCAUUGAUCUAACCAAUUUAAUGAAUGACCUGGGCUCUGAAGUUUUCAGCCAUAUUGACAGAAUUAUCAACAGUGAAGGUGGAAUGCAGGCACUUUUCAAAAUGAUCUCCAAUGGCCUAGCUGGAGUAAAAGAAAAUUAACAUUGUCAACAAUGUCAUGCCAUGCUUUACAUAAUGAAGAGGCCAUGUCUGUCUACAGAGAAUUCUGCCAAUAAAAUAAAUGAACAUGG